AAACCAACAUUCUUAGAGCUUUGAAGACAACAAGAGCAAGAAAGAAAGAGAAGAUUAUAUACAUAGAAAAAGAGAGAUCAAAUGGAGUGGGAGAAAUGGUACUUAGAUGCGGUUCUUGUGCCAUGUGCUCUACUUAUGAUGUUUAGUUACCACAUCUACUUGUGGUAUAAGGUUCGAACCGAUCCUUUCUGCACCAUCGUCGGGACUAAUUCUCGCGCCCGUCGAUCUUGGGUAGCAGCCAUCAUGAAGGACAACGAGAAGAAGAACAUCUUAGCGGUACAAACACUACGAAACACGAUAAUGGGAGGGACGUUAAUGGCAACCACUUGCAUCCUCCUCUGCGCAGGCCUCGCUGCCGUUUUAAGCAGUACUUAUAGCAUCAAGAAACCUUUAAACGACGCCGUAUACGGAGCUCAUGGUGACUUCACUGUCGCACUCAAAUACGUAACCAUCCUCACAAUCUUCCUCUUCGCCUUCUUCUCUCAUUCUCUCUCCAUUCGCUUCAUCAACCAAGUCAACAUCCUUAUUAACGCUCCUCAAGAACCUUUUUCUGAUGAUUUCGGCGAAAUUGGAAGCUUUGUGACUCCCGAGUAUGUCUCUGAACUACUCGAGAAAGCUUUCUUGCUCAAUACGGUAGGUAAUAGGCUGUUCUACAUGGGCUUGCCUUUGAUGCUGUGGAUCUUUGGGCCUGUGCUUGUGUUCUUGAGCUCUGCUUUGAUAAUCCCUGUUCUUUAUAACCUCGACUUCGUGUUUUUGUUGAGCAAUAAGGAGAAGGGUAAAGUCGAUUGCAAUGGAGGUUGUGAUGACAACUUCUCGCCUUAAUUAUCUGUUGAUGUUGAAUUCGAAUAAUGAUAAAGAUGUUUGUUAUUA